AUGUUAGAAAAUCAGAUUCGAUCCAUCGAGCGCAUGCUCCGAAAGAGUUUGCCUCUCGAGGCGCGAGAGGCGCAGGAGCAGAAGUUGGAGGGACUGAAGAAGCAGCAAGAGAUUCACACGCGCCUCACCGCCGAGCGUAAGAUAUUCCUGCGCGACCGCAAGAUCGAGUUCUUCAAGAGGAGGAAAAUCGAAAGACGAAUCAGACGCCUCGAGAAAUUGCACCGUUCUUCUUCUUCUUCUUCUUCCUCCUCCGCACAACCUUACUCCGACCAGCUUUCCGCUCUCAAACAGGAUCUUCAAUAUGUCAUGUACUUUCCCAAGAAUGAGAAAUACGUUCCUUUGUUUACCGGCGGUGAUGAUUCGGAGAUUAUUGACAGGAGAGAAAUGGGCUGCGCAAAUAGAUUGAAGAUAGGUUAAUUGCAGCUGCUGCAAGUGGCAAGGAUUUAGAAGGUUCAUUAAUUUUCAUGAUUCGUGCCGUCAUAUAUGAGUUUAGAAUGUUGAUGCUCUACGAGAGAUUUGUUUUAGUUGUGUGAGCCCUACCUGAAAUUG